GAAAAAAGUAUAUAAUAAAUAAUUGUUUUAUAUGUCGAAAGAAGAAUAACUACACGAAAAACAUAGACAAUUUAACAAAAUGACUGUGUAUUUCAGUUUAAGUGUUUAAUUAUUUAUUUAUCUUUAUGUCAAGAUAUUAAAAUAUUUUUUUUGUAAAUUUUGUGUGAACAAUGGAUUCGUUCAUGGAAUGUUAUUUUGAAGAAGUGUUCAGUGGUAUAGAAAGGGACGGCUUAAACGUGAGAUUCAAAAGAAAGGAGCUCGUAGAAUAUUUUAAUGCCGUCAUAGCUGGAUGUGCGAGAGGCCAAAACAGAUCAGAUAACGCCACAUGCAAAUCAUUUGUCUCUUGUGCAAUUAGAUACCACAAUCGUUGCAAGUCGGACAACGGCGAUGUCUGUCUCAUGGGGAAGUACCAUAACCUACUUUAUAUUGCUUUGAAACUAGCGUUCGAUUGGAGUCUUCAGGACAAUGGUACAGUAGCUGCUUUAUUAGAUGAACUGUAUGCUUGUGAAGGCACAUUCGAAAGGAUAUUUUUAGGUGCAAUAUUCGGUACUUCCGCGCCGUACUUCUUGGCUGGUUGGAAAUCUGAUUUCAUGGAUAAGGAAGAAAAUGUUCACGCGCUGGUGUUUUUCCUAGAUCACGCUACAAAUGCUAGUUUAGAAUAUACGGACGGACCGAAAACUUACCGAUUCAUAGAUGUUCCUUUAGAGAGCUGUGGAAAAGCGACACCGGUAAGAGUUGUAAUACAAAUGGGAGCUUCCGAAAUUUUAAUGAUACUCCUAAGGUUUGGUGCAAGAAUUACAGCAGAUCAGGUCUCUUCGAACCCAAUUGAAUCUAUUCUCGACAGACUCAAUGAAUAUAAUAGGAAAUAUCCCUAUGAGUUGGUAACGUGUCUUAAACUGUCAUUGAGAGCCGUACCGGCAAUUUGUUUUACCGUCGAUAAAGCAGCAUUGAAACAUUUGCAAUUACCGAAUGACUAUAAUUACCAAAGGAAACAUGCUUUGGAGAAGUAUGGUGACAUAUUACAGGAUCAUCUGAUCCCUGCAUCAAGAUGCGGUUUGAAACCUGUAGAAUUGAAGCACCUUUGUAGGUGUUCGAUACGCCAAAUGCUAUGGGAAAAUUUUGAACUACCUUUCGGAAUACAGAAGCUACCUAUACCGCCGACAUUAAAGAAGUAUUUGGAUCUAUGUGAAGAUUAAAUUACGCGUUCGAUUAA